GACGUAGCCUGUUCUUCCACCACAUCGGUAAUGCAGUCCAACGCAUGUGAGGUCGUCGUGUUAUGGUAAAUUGUUCUUUAUCUUCGUUGACCCUCUCACAUUCUCCUUGGAUAUCAGCAAGACAUCGCAUCUGGAAGAUGCACGGUUUCGAUGAUGAAGAAAUUGCAAGGGCGCUCGCCCUAAGCGUACGGGAUGCCUACAAGCCAUCUAGAAUAUCAGAUAGAAAGCCGGAACCUAAGCAGAUCAUUGAGAUUCCCUCAAGCGACGAAGAGGAUAACAACGAAGAUGUUCGGUUACAGUCAGACAUACAGCAAGCAAUCGAAGCCUCCAAAGCUCAAAGUGCAAGCUCUUCAAGAACAUAUAGUCCUCAAGACUCGAUGUCUCCGGCGCUUUCACCUCCCGCAAUCUCAGCACCAUCAAUGUUAGUACGGUCCAGCAAUGCUUUCCCAUUUGAUCGGGCACAACUCGAACGGGAACGACUAGAACGUCAGAAGAGACUCCGUCCUGACCUAGUCGAAGCUCAAUCGAAGCCUCAACUCGACAAUGAAGAUGAAGAGACAGACGAAGAUAACAUGAAUGGACGGAGUGCAAAGAGGCAACGACUUUCGCAUAAUUCGUCUACUGCACAUCAUUCCAACAUUCCUUCUUCCAGCACUCGACCCACUACUGAGAAAGCUCCACGCGCAACGACUAGUGGAACGCAAUCAAGGGAACCUACCGACACUUACUUUUGGAACGGAGAGCUACGUCAGACGGCGAACAAGUAUGUUGAGCCGAGUAAGGAUACCCGUCCGCUCUUCAGAUUGACAGAUAUCCUUGCGCCGCGAGACGAGAUUUCGUUCGCUAUCAUCUCAGCAUAUUGUGUCGACUUUCCUUGGAUGUACUCCUUUUUCAAUCCCAGCACGCCCGUGAUCAUAGUUGCCCAAGACUCCCAGGGUAAUGAGACCAUGAAAGAAGUCCUUCCGAAUUGGAUCAAGACGACACCAUUUCUUCGCGGUGGACGUGGGUGUAUGCAUAUGAAGGCAAGCGCAGAUACUAUGUUCAUAUUCUACAAGACUGGCCGAUUGCGGGUUGUCGUGUCGACAGCGAACCUGCUGCCGAUUGACUGGCGAGAUAUUGAGAAUAGUGUAUGGGUUCAAGAUAUCCCUCUGCGACCAAGUCCAAUUCCUCACGCCUCGAAAGCGAACGACUUUCCAGCUGCGUGGACGAGGAUACUACACUCGUUAAAUGUCGCCCCUGCGUUGAUCACGAUGGUUAAGAACGGCCAUACCGAUUUACCGAUAAGCCGGCUAGAGGAUCUACGCCGUAAGUGGGACUUUUCGAAAGUGAAAAUUCACCUUGUGCCUUCGCUGGCUGGGAAGCACGAGGGUUGGCCAAAGGUCAUCCAGUCAGGUCACGUAGCUCUUAUGAAAGCUGUACGAGACAGCGGGGCGCGAACGCCGAAGGGAAAGGAACUGGUGCUGGAAUGUCAAGGUUCCUCGAUCGGGACAUAUUCGACGCAAUGGGUGAAUGAGUUCUAUUGUUCCGCUAGGGGAGACUCGGCGGAGGAGUGGCUUGAUCAACCAAGGUCGCGACGAACGAAACUGCCAUAUCCUCCGAUUAAGAUUUUGUUCCCGUCGGACAAGACUGUGAAGGACAGUGCGCUUGGCGAGCAAGGAGGGGGCACGAUGUUCUGUAGACGAAGCCAAUGGGAAGGAGCCAAGUUCCCGCGAAAUCUUUUCCAUGACUCAAGGAGUAAAAGGGGAGGUGUCUUGAUGCACUCUAAGAUGAUCAUCGCGACGUUCCGUGAUACGGGUCCUUCGAACAAAGGCAAGGCGCCACAAUCAGACUCGGAAACCGAACCGGAGAGCGACGACGAAGUUGUAGAAGUGGAUGCUCAAGGGCGGGAAGAAGAUAAAGUGAUCGGAUGGGCGUAUGUCGGUUCACAUAACUUUACACCUUCGGCCUGGGGGACACUGUCUGGUUCGGGGUUCAACCCCAUUCUGAACAAUACGAACUUUGAACUGGGUAUUGUUUUCCCGCUGCGAAGCGCAGAGGAGCUGGAGAGGGUGGCGUGUUGGGAACGGCCUCCGAGGAAGUAUGUGCUUGGCAAAGACGAGCCCUGGAUGCAGUCGGAAUCAGCCUUUUUGCAGAGGAAUGAGGUCGUGUUGCGCCUCGGAUUGCAGUCCUUCGGAUACCUAGAGUCCAUCAUGGUUGUAUCUGAACUAUAGCCCUAUAAAGCCCUGAUGCAUCUGGCAUUAUUCGAUAAGAAUAUGCCGACCGAAGGUCUCCAAAAGCAAUAAGCCUAUGGUGAGAAUGAAAUGCAGUGUGUGAGUAUCUGUGCAAAGCAAACCUCUAACGUAGCAGACAUGCCUAGCAUUCAUGUUCUUGACAAACAGUGCACUCACCAUAGGACUGUCCUGAACGCCGUCGCUGCCUGUCUGCCUCAUAAUUCUCGUUAUGAACCUCAGGUUGGCCAUCAUGCAUCAUGGGUUUAUGGGACAUGACCUGGGAACGUAUGCAACGCCUUCGUAUAUUCGUUUCGACCGUUGUCUAACUUUCUAAUAUACAUGGAGCAUCUAU